GUUUGGGGAAGUGGAGACGCGGCGGCGGAGACACUGCUGCGGGGCUCGGCGUUUGUGGGUGCUCAGCACCGCCCCCAUUCCCCACCUAGCAGCCUCCCUCCCAGCCCACCCAUCUCGCCAGGGUGGAAUCUCGGGCCCCAGGCGAGUGGACUGGGCGUUCCGCGCUCCUCUCCGACGGCUUGAUCUGUGUUUGAGGGUUGCCUGGACAACAGUUACUUCCGGGAGGGGCUGGCCGUAUCCGGCUGGGUAGCCGCGGGCCCGGACAAGCCGGCCUCUCUGACUGUGUGGAUUGUUGGGGGGCAGAACCUACUCCCGGGCGUGGAUUGCCGGCUCUCCGCGCACCAUAGCUUCCCCACUGUCGGAUUUAGACUUUGAUCUGGUGGCUCCUCAGAAUCCGUGUUUCUUUGUUGCUCUUGGAAACAGUCACUUCCGGAAGCGAGUGCCGUUUCCCCCUCGCACCGCAGGCGCAGGAGCCGUGGGUUCCGGCUUCUAACCAGCGGUUAGUCAGUUGUGGCUGCUCGCCCCCUGGGUUUCUGCGGGCCGCGCAUCCCGGGCCUUCUCGCCGCCUCGGCGGGACCUCUGGUGUCGCCAUGGUUCUGCUGCACGUGAAGCGGGGAGACGAGAGCCAGUUCUUGAUGCAGGCGCCGGGGAACACGGAGCUGGAGGAGCUCACGGUGCAGGUGACCCGGGUCUACAACGCGCGGCUCAAGGUGCAGCGCGUCUGCUCAGAAAUGGAAGAACUGGCAGAACAUGGCAUAUUCUCCCCUCCUAAUAUGCAAGGACUGACUGAUGACCAGAUCGAAGAAUUGAAAUUAAGGGAUGAAUGGGGUGAAAAGUGGCCCAGUGGAGGGUCACUGUUUAAAAAGGAUGAUAUUGGACGAAGGAAUGGGCAAGCUCCAAAUGAAAAAAUGAAGCAAGUUUUAAAGAAGACUAUAGAAGAAGCCAAAGCAAUAAUAUCUAAGAAACAAGUGGAAGCCAGUGUCUGUGUUACCAUGGAGAUGGUGAAAGAUGCCCUGGACCAGCUUCGAGGGGCGGUGAUGAUCGUUUAUCCCAUGGGCUUGCCGCCGUACGACCCCAUCCGGAUGGAAUUUGAAAAUAAAGAGGACUUGUCGGGUACUCAGGCAGAACUCAAUGUCAUUGAAGAAUCACAGGCACAACUGUGGUGGGCAGCCAAGGAGUUAAGAAGAACAAAGAAGCUUUCAGACUAUGUGGGCAAAAAUGAAAAAACCAAAAUCAUCGUCAAAAUUCAGCAAAGGGGACAAGGGGCUCCAGCCCGAGAACCUAUCAUCAGCAAUGAGGAGCAGAAGCAGCUGAUGCUGUAUUAUCACAGAAGACAAGAGGAACUCAAGAAACUGGAAGAAAAUGAUGACGACUCCUGUUUAAAUUCUCCAUGGGCAGAUAACACUGCUUUGAAAAGACAUUUUCAUGGAGUAAAGACAUAAAGUGGAGACCAAGAUGAAGUUCACCAGUUGAUGAAGCUUUCAAAAAUAAUUGUUCACCUCUUUUUAGGCAAAAUAAUAACAACAACUAGCAAGGAUGCUCACAACCCUCUGUGGAACAUGUUGAAACUUCUAGUUUUCCUAGUUUUUCUUUUAGUUUGAAUUAAAGGUUGUAGAACUUAACAAAUACAUCCUCAAAAAAUAUGCCUGCGUCGCCAAUCA